GUAUUUUGUUUCCUGCUAGCUUAAGGGGUGGGGCUCAGGGUCUCCAUGGAGACAGCUUCUACCCGCCAGACUAGCUUGGAGGAGAACGGCUGGCCUGAUGGACGCCGACAGCCUCUUGUUGUCUCUGGAGUUGGCGUCUGGCAGUGGGCAGGGACUCAGCCCUGACCGUCGGGCCUCACUGCUCACGUCCCUUAUGCUGGUGAAGCGCGAUUACCGCUUCGCGAGGGUCCUUUUCUGGGGCCGCAUCCUUGGCCUUGUGGCGGAUUACUACAUCGCACAGGGCUUGAGUGAGGACCAGCUCGCACCACGCAAGACGCUCUACAGCCUGAACUGCACAGAGUGGAGUCUCUUGCCCCCUGCCACAGAGGAGAUGGCCAUGCAGAUAUCUGUGGUGAGUGGCCGUUUCAUGGGCGACCCUUCACACGAGUAUGAACACACAGAGUUGCAGAAGGUUAACGAAGGAGAGAAGGUCUUUGAUGAAGAAGUGGUGGUCCAGAUCAAGGAAGAGACUCGCUUGGUGUCCAUCAUUGACCAGAUUGACAAGGCUGUAGCUAUCAUCCCUCGAGGUGCCCUCUUCAAGACCCCUUUUGGAGUCACCCAUGUCAAUCGGACCUUUGAAGGCCUGCCCCUGUCCGAGGUCAGGAAGCUUAGCUCGUACUUCCACUUCAGGGAGGCUAUUGAUCUGAAGAACAAGACCUUGCUGGAGAAGUCGGACUUGGAGCCCUCGCUGGAUUUCCUGGACUCCCUGGAAUAUGACAUCCCCAGAGUUUACCCAUGUUGCUGGGCUUGGGCUACUCAUUUCAGCCUCUGCUUCCCAUCUCCUCGAAGUAAGAGGUGAGCAGACAUGCUGGUCUGAGGGGCCCCAUGCCACCAUGCUGUUGGUUGAAUCGAUAGAUAUCUGGAUACAGUGGGGUUAGGGAUAGACCCUAGGCUGUUUUCUCCAGGCUAGCGCCUGAGUGAGGGACGCUGCAAGCCAGCCUCCCUGGGUGGGCAAUCAGAGCUUGGUCUUGCUUAUCUCACAGAGGCUGUGUAGCUGUGGGCUCCAAGGGCAAUGAGGGAUUAGGUCUCUGUAGAAAGCUGUCCAAAUGAUGUUCUGGGCCCCAGUAAUGGGACUUAAGGCUAGAGAACUGUAUAUUUCUGGGUCUUUUUGUUGCCAAGGAUAAAACACAGGGCCUGGGACACUGUUCUGUAACAUUCUAUCCUUGUCUCCCCUCAAGCAAUGUUUCCUGGAGACUUGUGACCAAGAAAGCCACCAGGGUUCUCAGGUGCCCAAAGAACAGCUGUUGGCUAGGUGUCGUACCAACCGGGGCCUGUUUCACUUGAUGUUUUGAUUCCUUGGCGGUGGCACUGGGGCCUAGAGCAAGCGAUAGGCCCAUGGUGUGGCCUUCACCCCAUUGUUCUGUGCAUGGCUCAGUCAGGACCAGGGGCAGAGGACCUCCAUGCUUCCAGAAAGCUCUGGUUUUGACCUGGGCAGGCAGCUAGCUACACGGGGAUAGGCUUCUCUGAUGCAGGGUGGCCUCUGGAGGGUGGAAACUGACUGAAUCGUGAGGCUGCUGGGUGUGGAGUGACCAGGGUGGGCCAUGGUUGGAGGUAGGCUGCGGGAAGCUUGAGUGGUGGGAGCCAGCACCGGGGCUGAGCUGGCAACUGAUGAAGGCUCCAGAUCAGCCCUCUGAGCAUAACUGGUUGGUCCUGUACCAAAACCUUCAAAAGUUAUUUGCCUUCCUGGCAGGGCCCAGAGCAGGGCUGUGGCUGGUUUGGGGGAGAGGCCUCUGUGCGCAGGGGAAUAGAAGCCCAGAUCUGCAUCCAGAGGCGAUUUUCCCAGGCUCCUUCCUCCCACACAGCGGCUCCCUCCCUUGGAGCUGGAUCAGGCCCUUCCAGCCAAGUCAUCCUGGCUGCACAGCCUAGCCUGGUCUGAGCUGCCUGGCGUCUUGAGUAGCAUGGGGCAGACUCAGCAGCCGAGGUCUCCUCCUACCAGGCAUGACUCCACCCAUCAGCAGUUGGGCAGACCACUGAGGUGGAGGCCUGAAAUGGCCCAACUUCAGCUUGAGCCCCUGGUUGUCUCAUCGAUCUUAGGGCAGAGGCCCAAGGUCAGUGAUUUACCCUGAAGCAAGGAAAGGGAGCCACACCAUCUGUGGGUCCCUGAAGUCACCUCUACACUUGCUCCCUUCCCUGUGUCAUGAGCAAGUGACUGUGACCAUCAGGAGCACAGCAACUUUCUCAGUGGCACCUCAGUGCCAGGCCUCAAUUGUCCCUCCC